GAAUGACAGGCAUUCCUGCGUGAAGGGAGCUGCCACAGCCGCGGAGUUAUGAGAAUCAAGUGCCUGGCCAUGGGGUCUGGGGAGAGCAGGACCUGUGCUGGGCCCUCGCACACCGCUGCCGUUGCCUGAGACUUGGCAGCUGCCUCCCUCACCGGGCUCUUUCCCAGCCCAAAGCCUGGAUUUACCAUUUCAAAGGACUCAGAGUGCUCUCUCAGGGUAGACUUUUUCCUUUUUCUUUCUUGCCUUCCCGCCCUCCUCCCCUUGAGCUGCUCAGCAAAGGAUCUGAUGGGGCAGCCACACUUCUCCAGACCGGUAAAUCCAGCUGCUUUUGCUGAAGAGUUGGAUCAGCCCCCAACCGAUGCUGGCAUGGGGGUAGACGUUUUGGAAUCAGGUGACACCACGCCUCCUACAAAGAGGAAAAGCAAGUUCUCGAGUUUUGGCAAGAUCUUCAAACCCUGGAAGUGGAGGAAAAAGAAAAGCAGUGACAAAUUUAAGGAGACUUCAGAAGUUUUAGAACGAAAGAUUUCUAUGCGAAAGCCGAGAGAGGAGCUGGUAAAAAGAGGGGUUCUGUUGGAAGACCCUGAGCAGGAUGGUGAAGAACCAGACAAGCUGAACCCACCUGCACUGAAGAAUGGCCACACAGUCCCCAUUGGUGGGCCUGGAGUCUGUCCUGGCCAGGAGGAAGAGGCCACAAAGCCAUCCAGCCUUAGGAAGCCUGUUCCAGCUGAGGAACCAAAGAAAAGGCAGGGCUCCUCCAGCAACCACCCUGGACCUGAACUGGAACCACCUCAGGAGCCACACAUUCCCAGACAGCCUCUGCUUCCUCCAAAAAGACCUCCCUCCACUUCCCAGGAGGCAAAUGAAGCUCAGGUGAAGGAUGCAACACCUGCCCCCUCCAGCACAGCCCCUGCUGCAGCAAAGACAGUCAAUUCCACAGCUGCCCCUUCCCCAGCCCCCAGGACUCUGCCCCCUGCUCUCACCGGUGCCAACACUACUGCUCCCACGAGUACAACCAGCACAGCUCCUGCCAAACAGCCUCCUGUCCCUCCUCCCAAACCUGUCAACAGAAAUAGCAACUCAGUAAUAGCUGAACUUUCUCAAGCAAUGACCAGUGGUACAGCAUUGUCCAAGCCCUCCCCUCCUCUCCCCCCGAAGAGAGGCCUCGUGCCCACCAGCACACCCGAGGCCGCCGUCGCUUCCAAGCCGCCGAGCGAGAGGCCGGUGGCAGCCGCCCGCCCCACCCCAGCUCACCCCCCACCCUCCCCAUCGCCCCCACUGCCCACCCACAUCCCCCCCGAGCCCCCACGCAUGCCCCUGCCCACCCACACCCCUGCCUUGGACCCUCCACGCUCCCUGGACCUCCCCAAAGAGACUCUUCCUCCUCCUCCUCCUCCUCCUCCUCCUCCCCCUGAAGACUUCAGGCCCUCGGAGGCGUCCAGGCGGGGGGCAGAGCAGGGCUUUGGGGAGCCUCCGGCGCUGCCUCGCCUGCCCCAGCUGCCCCUGCACAUCCGCAUCCAGCAGGCCCUGGCCAGCCCCCUGCCUGCCACCCCCCCUGCCGAGGGCUCCCACAGGGCUCACUCCCUGCUCUUUGAGAGCGAUGGCUUUGGAGAAGACAGUGGCACCCUGGGCAGGACGAGGUCCCUGCCUGUCACCAUCGAGAUGCUGAAAGUUCCAGACGAUGAGGAAGAGGAAGAAGAUGAGCAGGAAGAGGAGCAGAAUCCAGGCCCUCGUGUGUAUAUUGGAGAUGUGCCAUCUGUCACAGUCAUCCCCAAACUGGUGCCCCAGGUCCUGCCAGAGGAGCAGGAAGGAGACGAAGGGAUGAGCGACUCUGACUCGGAGGGGCCCAUCCUGUACAAAGAUGACGAGGAUGAGGAAGAUGAAAGCCAUAACAGCACACUGGCCAACAGAGUGAAGAGGAAAGACACACUGGCUAUGAAGCUGGGGAACACAACCACAGCACAGGAGGAGAAGAUUGUGUUCCCUCGGAAGAGCAAGGAGGAGUGGAACGAGAUCCGGCAGCAGAUUGGGACGACGCUGAUCAGGCGACUGAGUCAGAGACCCACAGCAGAAGAACUGGAGCAGAGGAACAUCCUCCAACCCAAGAACGAAGCCGACCGUCAGGCUGAGAAGCGGGAGAUCAAACGCCGGCUCACCAGAAAGCUUAGCCAAAGGCCUACAGUGGCAGAGCUGCAGGCCAGGAAGAUCCUGAGGUUUAAUGAAUAUGUGGAAGUAACAGAUGCUCAAGACUAUGACCGGCGAGCAGAUAAGCCAUGGACAAAGCUAACACCAGCAGACAAGGCUGCUAUCCGGAAGGAGCUGAAUGAGUUUAAGAGCUGUGAAAUGGAAGUCCAUGAGGACAGCAAGCAGUUCACAAGGUACCAUCGACCGUAACCUUCCAAGAAGGGAGCAAGAGACCCAAGAGGACUUGGAAGUUCUCUGCAUCCCUCUCCUAGCAAUACACUGAGGGUGGAACCUUGGCUCUUCCAAGAUUUGCCUUCAAAAACAUAUCCAGAGAAAAAAGGGCUUUUGGCCAGGGAAGGGGAAUCCUGUCUGAAUGUAGCAUUUCACUGGAACAAACACGUCUCGAGUGCCAUCAGGCUGGAACUGAACACUAUACCUCGCGUGGCUCAGCAAUAACGCCUCCUCAACCUUCCCCAGCUCCCCCUCAGCCCUGGACAGGCCCAGUUCUCAGCUGUACAUCCCCCUGUUGGGGAUGAAACUCCUUCCUUUCCUCCUCCUUCCCCAAGAAGAUAAGGAGAGGAAAAAAAACCAAGGCAGCUCUGCUGUUGGAAAGCUGAGGAAUGGAGAGUGGAUGUGCUAGGAAGCACGUGUGUAUAUUAGCUGUGUACAGAGACCCCUGUGCAGAUGCUGACCUGGCAGAUAACUGACAUGUGACUCAUCAUUUUUUUUUGGGGGGGGGAGGGUUUGCUUGCAUCUGUCACGUCUUUUAAUGUCCUCGAAUCACUACUGACCAACGGUUUGUUGUCCUGGAAGGGAAUUGUGUAGAUAUUAACAAAUGCUGCAUCUUUUUGUAAAAAAAAAGAGAAAGAAGAGAAAAAGAACCCCCAACCCCCCAAGUGUGUAAAACAUUCCCUCCCUCCCUGUGCUGUUAACAGAGCUGGAGCUAUCUAGGCUUGUUUUAACAAACUGCAGAACCAGGAACGAUGACUGUUGCCUUUCUAAAACACUUUUACCUUCGGGGGAGCUGUGAGAGUGGUUGAUUCAUUUUAUAUUGGGGCUUCCCCUCAGCUGUGGUUUGGUUUAAUUCUCCCAAAUCCGGGUGAGAAUUGCCUUUUCUUGGUUGUUUUUAACAGCUCAACCUACUGGAAACUUGAUCAAUUCACUGUGUGGAUGGAAAAGAAGGGAAGAAGAGGUUUUAAAAGUGACCUUAAAAACAUUCUUUCUCUUCUUGGGAGUGAUCUCAGAUUCGUUCUUCCUGACUCUAGUCUUGGCCACUGCUGUAUGGUGCACAAACCUUUAACCCGUGUGUGGAAGGGCACAAACCUUUAACCCGUGUGGGUCCUGUGGACCGCAGGAGGGGCAGGGAAGGGAGAGGACGUUGCUGUGCCCCCAACCCUGGCUCCUUUAUGGUUCAGGGUCGAUCCUGGCUGUACCACGGUGCCCUCCCUGCAGUGCCAACCCCGCAGCCACGUCCUGCCCAGCGCUGAGGGGGAGGAUGAGUCCCCUCACAGCUUCCCCCGUGUACAGCGCCCCCGUAGCCUCAGUGCGUGUGUUGUCCAUCACUUUCCUCAGCAACAGAUUUUAAUUAUUGAAUAAAAGUAUUUUAGGAUGUGUUUUUUUAAAAAAA